GGGAAACGCCAUCCAAGGAGAAAACACACAGAAAGUGCUCAGCUGCUGUUGCAUAGUGAGAGAAAGAUGCAUGCUCCGUAACAAAUUGGAUAGUAACAGGUCUUCAGACUAAAGAACAACAUGUGCUGCUUCUAAAGACAAUCUGGGAGAUAUCAUCGCCUGACUUAAACAUGGGAUGAGCUGCUGAGCUAACUUUGUAAGCGCCCUAUCAAAGGAACUUCCUGUUUAUGACCAGCUGUGCCCCGGUGCAUCCUGAGUCUUACGCUCUGACCUCCACCCCCCGGACGGCCACGGGACAUCUGGACCAAGAUGCGCUGUACCACCCUCUCGGCCCUGUUGGUGGGGGUCAUGAUCUAUGUGGGCCUUGGAGCACUUAUUUUCAGCACCUUGGAGGAGUCCCAGGAGAGGGAGGCCUAUGAUAAACUGCGAGACAUUGUAGAGAACAUUACCAAACACUACUCAUGUUUUUCAAAGUUGCAGUUUGAGGAAGUUGUAAAGUUGGUGAUGUCUGCAGUAGCUGAGGCUGGUUUAGAUGCCAACAGCCUUCCUGCCAACUUCAGCACUAGCAGUAGCACUCGUUGGGAUAUUACUUCAGCCUUUUUCUUCUGUGGCACCAUCAUUACCACUAUAGGGUUUGGAAAUCUCACUCCUCGAACGUGGACUGGGCAGUUGUUCUGUGUGUGUUAUGCUCUGGUGGGGAUCCCAAUGUUUGGCAUCCUUCUGGCUGGAGUGAGUGACCACAUGGGCACAGUGCUGCGGAGAGCUGUGGCAAAGAUAGAGACUCUCUUCCUGAAGCGUAAGGUCCAACAGACCACUGUGCGAGUGAUCUCGGCUGUCCUCUCUAUCCUGAUCGGCUGUCUGAUCUUCCUUGCUGUGCCAACUGUUGUGUUUCAUAAAGUGGAGAAGUGGAGUUUUAUCGAGUCACUAUAUUUUGUGGUCGUAACUCUUACCACUGUGGGCUUUGGUGACUUUGUACCAGGUAAAGAUGGUAUUUUUAAACUCCUAGUGCUGUUAUGGAUUGUUUUUGGCCUUGCUUAUUUUGCCUCAAUCCUUACUAUGAUUGGAAACUGGCUAAGAGUGCUGUCCAAAAGAACUCGAGCUGAGAUGGAGGAGCUCAGGGCUAAUGCCAUAGACUGGACCCAGAACAUCCAAAAUAUGUCCAUGGACUUCCGCAUUCCUAAUCCUUUGGAGUUCAAUGACCCCUUCCUCCUGCAGAGAAGAAAAUGGAAACGCAGUGAGCGCCGACACAUUCGCAGAGGAGCGCAGUGCACUGUGGGAUAUUUAGUUCGAGGAGGAUCUGAAAAUGGCCACCUGCCAAACCGCUGGGCUGGUCUCUCAGCCUCCAUGAUGGAGCUAGAAAGGGGGUCCCGGGACAGACAGAGGGUCAGUAUCGCUGUAGCAGCGCCCGUGGUCCAAGGCAGGUUGGGCCCUCACCUACUGACCCGCUCAUUGUCCCUCCCAGCAGCACGUUCUGUCUGUGAGCUCCAGUCAGCUCGUCUGGAAAGCCAGGAAGGAUCGGCCUCUGAAUGGGAGACAUAUGGUUCAGGCUCUGAAUCCUCCUCUUUUAAUGCACUCCAAAAGCUCCAGUCGUGCUUCACAGAGAACAGGGUGGACAGAGAGGUAAAAACAGAACCCGAUUUUAAAACUCAUCAAGAAAAAGAUAAACUAUCUGUAACAGAGAAUUUCACAAUUGUGGCAGAGGAUGGACAUAGAUACAGAUCUAAAAUCAGUCCCUCAGGCUCUCUUAGGCCUUUGCCACAAUACCUCGUCCCUGCUUUACCUUCUACAAAUGCCGCAGGCUGCAAAUUGCUGGAUUACUUUGGAGAAAACCUGGCUUUCAUUGAUGAAUCAUCAGACACUCUGAGUGACCGCACUUUGCCAGCCUCUUUUGAGGAAAAGAAGAGACGCCCUCGAAAGCCCAGAAGGAAGAUCUCAAAGAGAAGCGCCUCUCAUAUGAGAAAGCUCAGCCAUGAACAUGUACCAGAAAAACAACCUACCCCAUCCCCAGACUCUUCCCAAUCAGAAAGCCAAUCAGACACAACCACUAAACUCUGACAAAAAUAAAAGAAAAAAAAAGAUUGGACAACCAUUUUGCGGGUAUUUUGCUUUUGAGAAAUUGAGUUGCUGGCUAAACAGUUAUCCUUUUGUAUAUCAUUUUGUUAUUUUCUACAGACAUAAUCUCCUCAUUUCUUGGCUGAACUGGUAAUAAACACAUAUUAUGUUCAUGCAGAUGUGAUGCAGCUCUACCAUUGAGCCACAUACCAUU